AUGCGCUGUAUGAACAUCUUCCUCUCGGCUCUAGGACUUUGUGUCCUAUACGUGAGCGCUCUACCUACACCAGAUUCCGGUUCCGACGCUGUUUCAGCAGCAGCGGUGGCUUCUACCAGCACAACUCCCUCGCAGGAUGGUUCUUCAGCACCGGCAGAAGCUGAUUCGGACGAUGAGUUUAGCUACCAGUGGCGAAAGUGA